AUGACCUACCAAGGAGCAGCACAAGUCAAGUUCCUGGCCACAUUACGAGAUAAUCCACAACUCGCCACGCUCGUACGUGUCUAUCAUAUUCCCACACAUGACGUAUCGGAUGGGUCGCUUAGCUGGCAGCUUGUUCUUUGCUGCAUCAAGCAAAUGACUAAUCUCAAGGAAUUGGUGUACCUCAGCCUUUUCGCCAAAUCCGAGAAUCCGUUUCCUCAAGUAAGCGAGGGUGAAGAAAUACCAUUCCAGUUGGAGAGAUUUGUUUGGGCAGUCGAAGGUCGCCAUCGUCAGGACGGUGUCACGCAAUUUCUCAGGACUCAGCACAAGCUCAAAUUUCUCCAACUGAGCUGCCAACUUAACCAAAACAUUCCUUCAGACAUUGUACCGGACUUACACACCUUGGACGGUGACGUCGACCUCAUAUGCGCAGCCCUUCCUGGACGUUCAAUCAGCAAACUGUACUGGAGGGAGUAUCCGUGGCGUGCACAUCGUCCAUGGUCGUAUUUCAAUAUACUUUUUCAUGCCUCUCAGCUUGAGGAAUUAUCAGGCAUAAGAGGACUUUCUAUAUCAAUGGAAACCCUUUCGCGUCUAUUCUCCAGUCAGCUCCAGAACGGUUUACGAAGGCUACAGAAUGUGGAGGUCUUGGAAAUAUGCACCAAUCAAGCUAUGUCAAAUCUAAUCAACAUAACUAAGAAGUUCCCUUGUCUCAAGCGUUUCAUAAUCAGGCCGGAUGUUUCCAAGGUCCCGUUUCCGUAUCCCACUGUUGUCGAAAAAAUAUAUCGGUCAGAAGAAAUCCAAAGCGAGGUUGCAGCGCUUUUUAAAGCAAGUCCGUCUCUAGUAUAUGUAGACAUUUGGGUCGGUGACCUACUGUUCAAACGCUGGGAGGUAAACGUGCUCGUUCCGGAGCUGGUCAUAGUACCAGUAGAAAAGAUGCUAGAAUAA